AUGUCGCUAGGCUUCGGCUUCGAGUACAAGACGCCGGAGGAGGCGGUGGUCACCGUGGUAGAGCCAGGAGGGCCAGCGGAUGCGGCAGGAGUGAGAGUCGGGGACGUGAUCCUUCAAGUCAACGGCGAGCCCGUCCAAAACCUUCCUCGCGGCCUCAAGGAGACGCUGACCAUGGGAGGCCUUGAGCCAAGGUCGGUGACCAUUCGUCGACGACCUCACAAGUCCCCGGGCAAGAGUAGGGAGGACGUCUCGCUGCCUCCUGCUGCUGCGGCCCAUCGUGAGGUCGGACGGGAGUGCUUCCGGCAGGGCAAGUGGGACGAGGCCUCACGAGCUUUCACGGAAGCGAUUUCAGUGUGCUCUGACUCGCACACGCUCUAUACCAACAGGGCACUCUGCCAUCAGAAGUUAGGACGGUGGGAGCUGGUGGAACGAGACGCAAGACUUGCACUCUCUCAGCCGAAAGGAGGCAGCAACUCGGUGAAAGCGCAUUAUCUGCUGGGAAAGGCCCUCCUGGAACUAGGAAGACACGAGGAGGCGAAACACGAACUGCUCAAAUCCAUGUCGCUUUCCUCGUCACCCGACUUCAAGAACUACCGAGGAAGCAUCGACGCUGCUCUGUGUCUUGCAAGGAAGCGGAUCUGGGAGAAGGAGCAGGUCAAGAGGAGCGGAAGGGAUUACGACUUGCGGGAGGAGCUGCUGCAGCUUGCGGAGAGGUGCCAUGAGAGCAAGAAAAGGAAGGGAGCAGACGCGCCGCAGACCUCAGCGUUGGAGGACAGGUCGAAUGCGAUCUACCUCGUCUUCAAGAAUUCGGCGCAGAGAAACGAAGUCAGCUCAAUCCCCAAGACGUACGACAGAGAGGCGAUAGAGGAGCACCUAGCCAAGAGCGGAGGGUGCGACCCUUUCAAUGCUAACGAGAGGUACACGGCCUCACAGCUUAUCAACAACUUGGCUCUGAAGAACUUCAUCGAUCAGUUCUUGGAGAAGCAUCCUUGGGCGUUUGAACAUGUUUGCUAA